GGACAGAAGAGGGGCCAGGCAGACACCCUGCAGUGGCCGUGUUCAAUCCCAUGUAGCAUCCCGGGGCUCUCCCUGCCUGGGGAGAACAGGGCUGGCCACUGUUCUCCAGCUCCUCAGCUCUGGCUGUGCUCCCUCUUUGCCAGAUCCAGCCCUGGACAAGACACAAGAGCAGGAACCCGGCCGUGGACACUUCCGCAAAACCCUGAAGAGUUUCCGGAAGUUCCUGCGCAUUCGCCGUAGGAAGACCGGCACCACAGCAGCUGAGGGCCCGGCCCAGCCUGACUCGGGGCUGACCGAGCUCCAUGGCAGAGCCUCAUGUCAGCCCAGAUUCGACUCAGCCCUCACAAGACUCAAUGAAUGAGGACAGGGCAAAGGCUAACGUGGCACUGACUGAGGAUGUGGCGAUCACUGGAGAGACUCAGGACAUGGCAAACACUGACACCAAACCAUAUUCAGCUGAGUGCUCAGAAGACACUGAGGCUCCAGUGAAUUCCAGUAAUCACAGGACAAAGGCUGAGAUGGCAGAGACAGAGGACCUGACCAUCACAAAUGCCAACACCAGAAUGACUCAGGGCAUCUCAAAUACUGCCACCAUGACUGUUCCCGUUAUGAUUCAUGCUCACCCUAAGGAUUUUUUUGAGGAAAGAACUAUUCCUAUUCAGCAGCAGGUGCCAGCCAUUGUAAGGAACAUUUACCAGAGGCUGCUGUCCAAUGUGAAUUUGGAUGCCAGGCUGAAAAUUGACAUUGUGAGGCUGGCUGAAGAACACCCUGAUGAUGUGGUGCUGACCCUCCUGCGCUGUGCCCCAACGUGUGACAGAGCUGCUGUAAUGAUCUGGAGAACCAUAGGAUCUUUGGGAUCAGCAGUGGAGAAAGUUCUGCCAACACUGCUCUGUGUGAUGGCAAAUUGGCCUGUGCACAGCAUAUGCACCUCUGAUGGGGAUGACAGGGAUGUUUUUGCCAUGGCUGCAGCUCUGGUGAUCUGGGUGAUUAUCCAGGUGCCCGAGUGCCACGAGGCCAUGAUCCUCUAUUCCUCCCGCCUGUUUGUGGCUCUGCUCUUCCAUGUUGUCAUCACCACACAGCAGAUGCCACCAGUGGAAGCUAGUAACUUCUGGAAAGCAUGCCAGGAGGAACACCGCCUUCCCAGCAAGCCCAACAGGUUUGCAGUGCAGGCCAUGAAGGCCCUGCUCUGCCGACUGCGGUGUGACAACGAGGUGAUGUCCAUGGAGCGGAAGCGUGGCUGGGACACGCUGCUGUGUGCUCAAACCCAGCACUAUGCCAUGGGUCUGCUGGCCAGGGAGAUGCGGCGUAACUUGAUCCCUCUGUGUUCUCGCAUCGCUGUCCACUUGCUCCGGCAGCUCAACAGGCAGGACCCAUCCUGGGAUCUGCCCUUCCUGGCAUUCCUUGUCGAGGUCCUCGAGUGCCUGGACUUGAGGGAAUGUGGUGGCAGUGUCCUCAAGAUCUUGUUGAGGUACCUGCACAGCAAGUGCAGGGAGCGGCAUCGCCUGGCGCUCAGAGCCCUCGUUGUGCUCAGCAAGGAUGCCUUGAUGGCCAGGAGAAUGUGCUGUCUCUCUCCAAGCCUUCUGGAACUGUUGGAUGAUGCAGAUGGAGAGGUGGUCAGCAUGUCCCUCCAUAUUUUCACGAAUGUGCUGCAGCACAAAGACAUCCUGGUAUCCAGCACCACUGCCCCAAAGCUGGCUGAGGCACUCCUGCUGCUCUUUGACCACGACAACAGCCAUGUGCAGGUGCUCUCCAUUGAACUCUUCCGCAAGGUGAUGGAACUGGUAGUGGACGAGGGGAAAAAGCCCCUGAAGACAAUUGUGAACAAGAGCCUCUAUGCACUUUUAAAACACGUUCAUUAUGAGAACUGCAACGUAGCAAAGGCCUCUCGGGAAACACUGCUUUGUGCGGCCGGGUUCCUGAAGAGGAGGGAUCUCGAACAGCUGCUGAAGAAGCAGCCGCCGUUGGAGGUCAAUGAGUGCCUGGUAAGGAGGGCAUGCAAGCCCCAGGCUCACUGUUCCCCUGCCCGCUGGGGCGCGCAGAGGCAGCACGGGCUCUUCUCCAGGCUCCCGUGGGCCCGAGCCGGGUGCCCGUGGAGCCCCGGCCCUGCGGGGCUGCGGGGUGGGCCGGCACCGCGGCUCCCCGGGCAGCAGCCGGCCCUCUGGCCCUCCCCUCGGGAGCCCGGCCCCAGCGGCUGCUGGCCGCGCCUCAGGGCUGCGCGGGCAGGGGAAGCCGGGGCCGGGCGCAGGCAGCGUCCGGCCGAGGGGCUGAGCCCGCGCCAAUCCUUCCUUCCCUCCCGCCGCUCUCUCCAGCUUGCAGAGGACAGGAGCAGAGCACCCGAGCACCUGCGCCGGGCCCUGCGCUACCUACAGAGACCACAGGAGCCCCUGCGAGAGGCAGCCAUCAGGUUCAUGGGCAUGGCCGGGCGGUGCCUGAGGAGGCAGCAGCAAGAGCUCCAGCUGAUGUGGUCAGCCCUUCAAGCCCGGAGGCCACGUGCCAGCCCAUCCUGCCCUGACUUGGAAAAUCAAGCCGAGUUUCCCCAAGGAGCUCAAGAAUUAGGGGCAUCUUCUGGAUCCAGUGAGCCGGUGUCCCAGGAAGAGCACCAGGAGACACCAAAGAUGACAUCAGCUCUCAGCGCUCCUGGAAGUCCUGGCACAGCUGAUGCUGGGCCCAGUUCUCAUGGCUUCAGUGCUCUCCCUCCCUAUUGACAGCUCCCUCCCUCCAGCCCUCAGACACUGCCCAUCCCCAUUUUUCCUCUCUCCUAUUCCUCCCUUUGAUAGCUCUGCCCCACCAGCCCUCAGACAAUCCAUUACCAUUUCUCUCUAUUCUCUCCCUCCCUGUUAAGGCUCCCUCCCUGCAGCCCUCAGAUAAUGCCCAAUUUUCCUCUCCUCUAUUCCUUCCUUUUGAUAGUUGUGACCCACCAGCCCUCAGCCUGUGGGUCCAUCACUACUUUUUCCCUCCACUCUCAGUCCCUGUUAAGGCUGCCAGCCUCCAGCCCCCCGACCCUGCCCAUCCCUUUUUUCCCUCCCUACUCAUCCCUUUGCUUUGCCGUAUAUUAAUAAACUGUUUGGCUUCUUCA